CAUUGUAUCCUUGGGGACGGAGAAGAUAUUUUCUCUCGAACCUUCUUCCAUUGUAUCCUUGAGGACGGAGGAAGAUCUUUUCUUUCUCUCCAAACACAGCCGUAGUUUCCUUUCAAGAAAGAAAGGUGAAAUGCUCUUUCUCAUUGCAUCAAACCGCAGAAAAAAAGACUACCCCGAUUUCUCUUGAUCGCAGUUCGAUUUCUUCACCGUUUUCUGCUCGUCGCGGUGGCUGGGGGCUUCUAAUGUGUCUGUAUAUGGUUCAAUUUGGUGGAAGAAUUCGAGUUUAGAAGCGUUUUUGUGACGGUUUUCUGUGUGAGGGAAGAGGGGAUUCCGAACGGUGGACAUGGAUCGGGAAGGAGGAUCCGAAGGUGGAUCUUGCUACUACUCUGUUCUUGGGAUUCGUAAGGACGCCUCCUUCUCUGACAUCCGCGCUGCUUAUCGCAACCUGGCCAUGAAAUGGCAUCCGGAUAGAAAUGCGAGGAACCCGGGGGUGGCCGGAGAAGCCAAACGGAGGUUUCAGCAAAUCCAAGAAGCUUACUCAGUUCUCUCCGAUGUGGGCAAGAGGUCCAUUUACGAUGCCGGACUCUACGAUCCAUUUGAGGAAGAAGAUGAAGACUUCUGUGAUUUUAUGCAAGAGAUGCUGUCCAUGAUGAACAACGUGAAACACGAGGGGGAUAGUUUUGAGGACCUCCAGAGGAUGUUUGCGGAGAUGGUUGGUGGAGACCGCAUGAACUUGGACAUUAACGGUGGUGGUCCGGCCAAGACCAAGAGGGCACGUGUCAACUAGUCGAAAUCUAACGGGGCAAAGAGGAAGAGCUCUCGCUGUUGAUCCGUGGUACUUUAUGAUUCUACGAAGCUCAGGUUUAAUUUUUAGGCCUAAAUUCCUUAAUUUUAAUUUAGGACUCAAUGGUAAGUUGGGUGUUUUUAGUGGGGAUAUAGGAACAAUCUUAUGGACUUGGAAGGGAAAAUGUUGUGAAUAGUAUUGUUGUUUACUUGACUUUAUUUGCUAUAAAUUAGAAUGAGAAUGAUGAUUUUCAGUUUGGAAUGUAAAAAAGAAAAAAAAGAAAAAAAAAAGGUAUCG